AUGGACGUUGAGCAAGAUGUUUACAUCCUCAAAAGUGAAGGAGGAAAUGGUCCUGAAUUCAGAAUUUCUAAAGACUCUGUAGGGCUUUCUAGGGUUCUUAGUGACCUUGAAGGGGAUGAUGCUAUAGAAUUAAACUUUUCAGCACAAACAUUAUCAAAAAUACUAGAAUAUCUCAAUAAAUAUAAAAAUAACGCCCCAGCAUCAAUAGAAAGACCACUGAGAGCUAAAGUUCUUAAAGAAGUCGUAUCAGAAUGGGAUGCAGCAUUUGUUGAACUUGAAAUCCCAGAUUUAUAUGAUCUUCUAUGUGCUGCACAUUUACUUGACAUCGCGCCUCUCGUUGAUUUAUGCGGAGCUAAGGUAGCGACAUUGAUUGAUAGAAAAGAUGCUGAGCAAAUAAGAGAGAUUUUUGGCUUGGCAAAUGAUUUAACUCCUGAACAGCAAGAAAGUGCGAAAAGGGAAUUCCAUAGUAUUCUGGUCGAUGAAAUUCAGGCGCCAACAUCAUAA